UCUCUCAUCUCUCCACAAGUCACAUAACUUAUUAAACGUCGCGGGAAUGUGAAAGUUCUUAUUUACAUUUCACAAAGUCCACUUCCAUGUCCGAAGUACUUCGAAAUGGAUAGGAGACUUCGCUCAUCUCUCCAGACCUCGGCGGAGGACUUUCUCUCAUCAGCCACGGCGCUAAGCCUAAAAUCUUCCAAGUCCUCCCUCAAAACUCUCAUUCAUAUGAUUAAGCCCUCGUCCGAUCUCUGUUCUUCUCUCCCUCUUUCUCUCUGCGAUUCCAUCUUGAACUCAGUACAAUCCUUCCGGAAUCUUCUAGAACCAAAUUCUUCGAACCUAGGAUUCUCGAAGUCACCUCGCUCCCCUCCCACUAAGCGCCUCCGACGCUCUUCGCGCCAUUGUAAGACCCCAACUGAGCCCGAAAGGGAACGCCAUGGCUCCACUAUCGAGGAUGAGAAGCAAAACAUUCUUCGGCGUCUCGAAAUUCUAGCUCGCAUUACGCUGUUAUGCAUUUUGCAUCCCCAAAAUGUGUUCUCACCCUCCGAUUUACUGCCUGGUGUUCAGGCAUUGCAUGAUAAUUUGGUUAUAUUUGAGUCGGCUUCUGUUUUAUCAUCGGAGAUUGAAGUUUUGUGUGAAGAGUGGUGGAAGAAGAAUCUGACAGGCAGCGAAUCGUUGAUUUCUCAGUUUCUCCCUUUUCUACUCGCUAGAUCGCUGACCCUGAAGAAGAAGGUGGAUGUGCAUAGAGUUUGUGUGUUGCGAGAGGCUUUUCUUUUGCUUGAUUUUGAUGACGACAGCAUUCAGGAUUUGAAACUCUUGCUGGUUCGAUGUGUUUUAUCACCGGUGUAUUUGAAAACAGAGGACGGGCGGCGCUUCCUAUCGUUUAUUUUUGGGUUAAGCAAGCAACUUGUUAAAGAAUUAUUGGCAAUGAUUCGUUCUCAGAUACCAUUUGGAAGGAAGUCUAUGCUGGAGGCUUAUGGGGAUAUUCUGUUUCGGGCCUGGAAAGCCGCUGAAGCCGAUUCAAGGGUGGAAAUUGAGAAUAGGUUUUUGCGGGAUUUGAUUGAGGGUGCCAUACAUGCCAGUUCUGCAACCUUUGCUUCGUACAUUAGAAGGGUUUUGGGAGCGUUUAUUGGUCAGAGGACUACCAAUGGGGUUGAGAAGCUACUUUUUCGACUUGCAGAGCCUGUGAUAUUUAGAUCUCUGCAGGUAGCAAAUUCGAAUGUUCGUCAGAAUGCUUUGCAUAUACUUCUGGACGUGUUUCCUCUUGAAGAUCCUGACGCCACAAAAGAGGAGAAGGAUACGUUGCUUGAUAAACAGUUCUUUUUGUUGGAAAGAUUACUUACGGACGAUUGUCCAGAAGUGAGAAAAAUUGCUGUGGAGGGUUCAUGCCGACUUCUUCAUCUAUAUUGGGAAAUUAUUCCUUCACCAACAAUAACAAAGAUUAUUAGAAAAAUAUUUGAUGACAUGUGUCAUGAUGUUUGUCAUGAGGUUAGGCUUUCUUCACUUAAAGGCAUUGUUUAUCUGCUUGGCAAUCCUCAUUCUCAUGAAAUUCUUAAGGUGCUCUUGCCGAGACUGAGGCAUCUAAUACUGGACAGUAUCCUCACCGUACGAGUUGCUGCAGCAGAUCUGCUUCUCCAUCUAAAUGCUAUAAAAAAUUUUCAGUUCAACAAGGUGGUGGGUCUUGAUACGUUAUUGUCGGUGCUUGCUAGUGAUCAAACUCUUGUAGCUCAAAAGUUAACCAAAUUGCUUAUACCUUCAUACUUUCCCUUGAAAGCGCCAGUUGAGGAGGCAUGUAAUCGCUGUGUGACUCUUGUGAAAAGGUCUCCUAUUGCCGGGGCAAGAUUUUGUAAAUUUGCCAUGUCAGAAGGACCAUCUAGAAAGCAUCUUAUGGAACUGGUCAAAAUAUUCUUGAGUUUGGCCUUGUCUCCUAAUAAGUUUGAUGAGCACCAGAUUGAGGGCUUUCUUGUUGCUUCUAGCUACCUAUGUGAUAACUUGGCUAGUGAACCGUGUGAUAGAAACGCCCUAAAAGAAUUAAUUGCUGGCGACAAAGGGAAAGCCUUACUUGCAGUGGCAUCUACAAGUCAAGCCCAUUCUUCUUUAUUCAAUAUUGUUUCUACCAUAUGUCCGGAUGGCAUUGCUGGAAUCCUUGAAAAAUGUAUGUAUGUAGUCACAAACUGCAAUGGUUUACCUAAAAAUGUUGAUUGCGAAGCUGAAUUAAGGUCUGCGCAUAAGUUGUUACUUUCUUCAGGAAGUUUUGAUGACAUGUUUGAAACUUUAUCAACCCUCUUGCAUAAGACGGCCUAUCGUUGUCAUAUUAAAUUUGGCAUAGAAAUGGCAUCAUUCCGCGCUUCUUCUGCAAAAAGGAAGACGCCUAAGUCAUCUGGAAAAUUUCCAAUCAAGUUGAAAGUUAUCAACAGAAAGCAAUCUUUUGAGGGUGAUUAUUCAGUUGCUGUGGGGAUAGCAUGGCAAAUUAGAGACAUGCUUUUGCAUGAAGAUACAAAGAAAUCUUUACUGAGAUCUCACAGUUUAGAAAUGUCAUUUUUUGCUCUUAAAGUGAUAUCUGAGGCCAGCAUUGUGCAUUUUGGGCAUUAUGAAUACUUGGACACUUGUCCUGUCUUGGCAUAUAUGGCUCUUGUUCUGGAAAUGUCUCUUGACAAUAUUGAUCGUAGUACUAUACAGAAAAAGGAUAACGGGAAGGAAAAAGAUAAAAAUAAUUCUUCUGUGUUGCUUUCAGAGACUGUUUUAGAGGCAACAAUGGACAACAUAUUCAGCUGUUUAGAAAAAUUAUUUGUAGCAGAUGACGGUGCAACGCAUGGCAAAAUGGAUUUAGACAACAUGCAGUCCACCAGAAGGACGGAAAAAAAUCCCACUCAAAGGCGCAGGUCAUCUCCUACAGAGGCAUCCAGCCUGAAUAACGGUGGAUCUGGAUACAAUGAGCCACGAGUAUUGUGUAAAGUGAAGAUGCUUACAGCUGUUCUCAUGUUCAUGGUUGACACCACUGCAAUGGGUAUUGCUCCUAAAAAACCUGGAGUAUUGUUAAAUUACACUUCAAGAUGUGUACAACACAUCAUAUCUUUAAUUGACCGGCCACAUCAUAACCAUAUUCAUCUUAAUGAAGAGGAUCUGAAGGCUACAAUUUUCUGUCUGAAGAGCUCUUUCACCUAUGCGGCAAAGUUACUCAAUCUGAUACUUGGACACUUAAGUGAAUCUUCCACAGCUUCACCUAAAACUUUUGAUCUUGCCAAUGACUUGCUGGAUUUAAUUAUCCUAAUUGAAUUAUAUUGUGGCUCUGGAUGUGCAUCGGGUCUUGUUGCAGCAGUGAAACCCUGGCUGCCUGAUUUGGUUCUGGCAUUAGGAUCUGGAACCAUAUUGAAACAUACUCAGGGUGAUAAGACAAAUUCAGCUUCAUCAGGCCAAAUGAAGCUUCAUUUUCCAAAGUGGCCCUUGAUUUUAGCCAAAGCUGAACUCGUUGGAGUAAAAACACUUGGAAAUGAAGAGGAUGACAAAGGUUCUCAACCAGAAAAAUUUUCAGCGUUCAAUAGACUUCUGGAGGUGCUGAUUAUGGAAUUGAGAGGGAAUUCAUACAUAAUGGAUGCAGUUGGGGUUGUUUUCUUGACUUGUUCAUUGGUUGGGCUGGAGAGACAAGACUUUGAAUUGGCAUUAGGAAUCUUGCACUUCGUAUGUCUGAAGUUAUUUAGACAAGAUGACCGGGAUUGGGGUGAAUUAAUGCUGUCUUCUCUGCAAGAGAUCUACCCUAAGAUAGAGAGAGAAAUUGCAGGGCGAAGCCACGAAGAUGAUCAGGAGAAAUUAAACAGUGCAAAGAAGUUGCUUGAACCUCUUUGGAUGUAUCAUUUAUAUGAAACAGGUAGGAUCUCCAUGACUGAAGCAUAAACAGUAUUAUCUUUUUUUUUUUGGUAACUAAACAGUAUUAUCUUUAUUUUUGUUUUUGGUUGUCUGUUGUAUAAGCUUGAGAAUAUUACUCGAGGCCCUUAUUCCUGCUGUAAAUAAUUUGCCUACUUCUUC